AGCAAAAAAAUCCAGGAAGUUUGCAGUAAUGAAAAAGAUGAUAAAGCCAACUGAUUCACGCAUAAAACCAGAUGACCGUGUGAUCAUAAAAAAGAAGAAACCAGACCCUCAUGAGCAGAAGGUUAAUGAAGCGCCCCAAUGCUCGUCAGCUUUGUUCUUCCAGUACAACACACAACUAGGCCCACCUUACCGUAUAUUGAUUGACACUAACUUUGUCAACUUUGCUAUUAAGAACAAGGUGGACCUGGUGAAGGGAAUGAUGGACUGCCUUUAUGCUAAGUGUAUCCCAUACAUAACUGAUUGCGUGAUGGGAGAGUUAGAACGACUGGGUGAGAAGUACAGAUUGGCUCUGAAAACAAUUAAAGACCCACGGAUAGAAAAACUUCCAUGUGUGCAUAAAGGCAUAUAUGCUGAUGACUGCCUUGUUAAUCGUGUGACACAACACAAAUGUUACAUUGUAGCAACAUCUGACGUAGACUUAAAAAGAAGAAUACGCAAGAUUCCAGGUGUGCCAAUCAUGGGUGUUGCUCAAGGCAGAUUUUUCAUUGAAAGAAUGCCAGAUGCUCCACAGAUGUAGUUUAUGGACUAAAAUGUUAUCUUUUUCUGCUUAUAUAUAAUCUUCAUUUUCUUCUAUAUGAAUACAUACCCCAAAAUCAUUAAGUGUUAUGUUAUGUAUUCUGCUAAUGUUGUUGUCAGAUUGUUAAUUUUGUAUUCUUGACCAUUUGAAACUGGUUUUCAAUAAAUGAUAUUGCAUUUGA